CUCCAGUCAUCACAUCUACGGACAUGUUGUCUGUUGAUUUCAUGCUCCCUAUUGCGAAUGUAAGAGCACGGUACUGGAUUCUUUCUAGUUUAACUAUCUCCGUGUUGGAUGGCCAAUUGAUACGCAUACUUCCGGAUACGGAUAAAACCGUAGUCUUAUACAAUCGCAGGACAACUUCUAAUUCUUCGAUCCAUUCAAUACAUAAUUGAGUUUGUUGUAAACACAUUUAGUUUAUCUUUCAAAUGUGUUAAAUUAUCAUUUUUCUGUAUUAAAAACAAGUGCAACGGCCAUUUCAAACGAGAUGGUCCGCGCGCAUGCUCGCAUAUCCUUGCUGGCCUAGCUGACAGACAUCAAUCUCGUCCUCGAAUGAACAUACUCGUGGGCUGGUGUUCAUGAUUCCGUCAAUAUUAACUUUUCCUUUCCUGCAAUAUCUUCCGCUGUCCUCGAAAUUCAUACGCAACUCAAAUGUAAAUCUCGCACCACUUGCACUCUGCGGUGUACGGAAACCUUGUUCGGUAGGGUAAGGCUGUCGAAAAAGCCACAAACGGUCAGUGUAUUAAGCUCAACAGUUCGUACAGGGAUAAAAGCACUCCUCGCACGACAGACAAACGAAGGCAUGAAAGGUAAAAAAAUCCUUUGCCUACUGAUGGAAGUUGCACUCGGUGACGAUGGUCGGUCGUGUUGAUGUAGUCGUUUCGACUGUUAAGUGUUCUUGUGUUGUGUCUGCCUCCUGUCUUGCCUCAGUGCACAAGGAAUUAAUGCAUCGCUAGUGGAAUUGUGAUUAGUGACGAAUUGCGUACGCACUACAGCCUGUUUGCCUUCCAGCGGAAACUCUUUUAAUGAGCUGUAACGCACAAGAGUUGCCUAUCUUGAUGUAGCGAACGUAACAAAGCGCAAGAAAAGCUGUCACCUCUACCGUCCUUCCUGAUAGCAUCCGUACAUGGUGACGGGCAUUUGUCAGGUGGCGAGAGCAACAAGCAUACAUUCGGGCGCAUUUGUGCUGUUACCGUAACGCAGUAGCAGCAGCAGCAGCAGUGUUAAUUAGUAAUAGGUAGCCGCGAAUGUGGGCAGUACUUCGCGACACGGCAGUCGGUUUGCUUGCCGAAAUACACUCACUGCAGAAUGAGGCCAAAAUGUCAAUUAUAAUAGCAAUCGUCUUCAUGGGCUUGCUCGAGUUAGGACGAUCGCAGUACCUAACGAACACUGUACAUAAGACAUCAGCUGCAACGGAGAAGAUUAAUGAUCUUUGGUGCUACUCCUGCAAUGCCACCGACGAUGGUGAGGCUUGUAUCGAGCUGUCGUCCGGAAAUAAUGCAUCCUACGUUAAAAAGUGUAAUCCGGAGGAAUUUAUCUGCAUGGUUAAACAAUUUUCCUACACGACCAGCACGGAAAAUUCGACCUCCACGCCAAAGCUGUGGUCGCUCGAGCGACGUUGCAUCAGUAGCUGUGAAGCGGGUUGCAUUAUCAUAGGCGAACGCACGAAGCUGUACGCCUGCACAAGUUGCUGUGAGAAGUCGCUCUGCAACACCGGCAAAGCGCACUCGACCAAUCCGAUAGAACACUUUCGGCGCACCUCAACCACUCUGGCACUAGGCAUGCUAGUGUUCCUUAGCGUAGCAAAACCCGCUUUGACAGUGAUGCUCUAGUUUUCGUACUUUUAGAACGUUGUACUUAAAGUAUUUUAGAUUCUUAUCGCAGCACAACACCUAACCUACCAUUCACAACUUCAGACACUUUUUCAGUUCCAUAACGAUCUGUGUCCGAGCAGGUCACCUACAAAAGCUCGAUCGUAAUGGUGGCCAAACAGAUACCGAGACCAAUGCUUCUAGGGACCCCACAAUAGAAUCCGUUAGGGACAUGGUUGAUCUCUCCUUGCCAGUGGAUUAAAACGUAUGGGCUUAAGUUUGCAUUUUGGAACGAAUCAGAGAGUGAUCAGAGCGAUGGAUAUUGGUAAAGAAAAGAUGUAAAAAUGCAAAAAUGAUCAUUAAGAUCAAAGUGAAAUUAAAUUAUGAACUAUCUUAAUAAAAAUCAUUCGGUCUGCUUCAUUUCUCUGUUCCCUUUAGCACGUAAAAAAAGCUUAACAAAAACAAAAAAAAAACUUCACAUUUUUCAUCUUUCACGAUCCAUUCAAUUGCAUGUCGUUCGUUCCAUUUAGAUAGAAUUUGAAAAAAAACUAACCAAAAACGAAAACGAAGCGUUUACUCUUGACUCAGUUUCAAAUUAUUAUCUCAGCGCACGGACGCGAAACAAAUUUGUUUCGAUUGUAGUAGACACUUAAGGAACGCACAACUUUAAUUGAAAUUUAAGCAAAUACUUGUUCUCAAAUACGCUCCGACAGAAGAAGCAAAAAAACAUGCCGGACAAAGGAAGAAAAAGGUGUGCAGAUAACUUAAAAGCCCACAAUAACCCGAGUUUCGAUGCAGUACACUUACAACUACGGAGCAGUACAAUAGAAGUAAAUUGAAUAGAAAUAAUAAGUAAAUCAUCGAAAACGAAUGCAACUACUAACUAGAAGUAGGUAAAAAUUUGUGCAAAAUACUUCCGAUCUGCCGUUUUAAUUUUUAGAACAAUUAAGCCAAAUGGGGACACAUUGAAACCCCAAACAGAGCCAAACAUUCACGUUAGUGCACAAAAAAACUCGCACUAGCGUAACAAAAUGGAUCGAUAGAAGCAAACUGUGUGCAGUUUAUAAAAGAUUUUAAAUGUACAUUUGUAUUGAGUUUCUUUUCUUGUUUGUCGAAAUAUUUCAAACAAAAUCGUGCACCACAGUUUGUCGUUCGAACAAUUUAACGCAAGCUUAUAUUUGUAGGUUUUUGGACAUUUGCAAUAGUUCGUAGUAGGAAUCGUCUCCCAGUACCGGAUACACACAUAUACAGACAUACACCUCAACAGAUGCCAACAAAGAGUGGUCCAGUGUGGACAGCCAAAUAAAAUUAAUAGUAUAAAUUAGUACGUACAAUUGUACCCGGGGAUAGCAGUAAACGUGACACUUGCGGAUACACGCUGGGGGAUGGCAUGAAAAUUUCAUUUGUACUUUUUUCGUCUUGCCGUUAAACGUAAGAAACAGGUUUUUCAACAAAACACAUACAUUUGAUGCAAUAAAAAUUUUAACGACGCUAGAAUGAAA